UGUACUGAGUUAAUGCUGUGACAUUAUGAUAGAGUGGGAGUUAUGGUUUUUGGAAGUGGUGUUAAUGAGUUGUUUCUCAAGUGCAGUAAUUUGCCUUUUUGUGCAACGAUGAAUCAUUUGAUUUUGUUUUUGUUUUUGUGGUUAUUUAAGUAAACAAUAAUUGAUGCGAAUAACUAAAGUUAUCACUGCACGAUAUAUAAACUGUCAUAUCUAGUUUCUGUUAUUGAUUGUCGCUAAGUCACAGAAUAGGACAUAAUAUAGAAGAUGAACUGUACAGGAACAGCGUCAGUGUAUGUUUUUUCAGUGUCACUGUGAUAUUUAUGAAACGAAAAACUUCUUCCUUUGGAACACACCCACGAAGGUGAAGGGCUUGCUAUCUAUCCAGUUCACGGUUAGCUGCAUUUCUGGUGCAAUAAAUUACUUGAUACAGGUUCCAAAGAAAGAAAUCCAAGAAAAUGGCUGCUCCAAAAUCCUUAGAUGACUUUAAUAAACUGUUAGAUACCUCAGAUACAAAAGUAAAACUAACUGUUACAAAUAACUUACUAGCCUACUUAUCAAACCCAGAAAACAGUUUAGAAUGUGAAGACAUCUGCCUUUUCAUGGAUGCAAUGGUACCCUGGAUGCAGUCAGGCAAUAGUAAGGUGUCACAGAACUCAAUUGAUGUUUUGACUAACUUUGCUGAUCGAAUGGGUACAGAUUUCAAACCGUAUUUGCAUAUGGUAAUAUCUCCUGUGGUUGACAGACUAGGAGACAACAAAGAAGUUGUGAGAGAGAAAGCUCAGCUUUUCCUUCUGAAACUUUUGGAGAGGGAAAUUACUUCACCGUAUUACUUGUUUGAGAAGUUGACAUCAGCAUUUUCUCACAAAAAUGCUAAAAUCCGAGAAGAAGUGUUAAUCUGUUUUCAGUCCGCACUGAGGGAGCAUGGACCUUCAAACCUUGGCUUGUCGAAACAUGUUCCAAGCAUUUUGAAACUUCUGCAUGAUCCACUUCCAUCCGUGAGAGAUGCAGCUUUUAAUACAUCGACUGAAAUAUAUCGACAUGUAGGGGAAAAAUUUCGACAAGAUAUCCAACAUCGCUGUAGUGCAAAAGAUAGAAAGAUUGCAACCCUUUUUUCGAAGUUUGACGAAAUAAAAAAUGAAGGUGGAUUGCUUGCCUCGGCCUGUGGAGCAGAAGAUUCUGCAAGGUCCUUUGAUGAACCUGAUGGAGAUGCUGGUGCUAUCCCAAAAUCUGGAAGACAGCGAUCUGCAAGUUUUUCAGUGAGGUCUGGAGUAGGCAAAGCAAUUUCACCAGGGCCGGGAUCUAAAACCAGGCGUUCGGCCUCCUUUCAACGUCAAUUGGUUACUGCGUCAUCUGCACCAGCAUCAGCAGGAGCCCUUGACGAGGAGCAUUUUGUGAAAGUUUUUGAGGAAGUUCAACCAGCCAAAAUUUUCACUGUGCGAGAAUUGGAAAAAGCGCUGACCAAAAUAACUGACAUCAUUAAUGAUCCAAAUAAUGAUUGGUCAAAACGUGUUGAGGCGUUGAAAAAACUACGAUCUGUUGUAAUGGCUCGAGCUGCUAAGCAUGAGGAAUUUUUCAAACACUUACGUUUAAUGGAGACACCAUUUUUAGGAGUUUUGAAAGAUCUGAGGUCACAGGUUGUGAGAGAAGCGUGCUGCACAAUAGCUUUUAUGUCUCGACAGCUAGGCUCAAAGUUUGACCACUUUGCAGAAAUUAUUCUUGGCAAUCUAAUUAAUCUGAUUCCAAAUUCAGCUAAG